AAGGCCUCUCGGUGCUGCGGGGCCGGGGCGCUGCACGCGGGCCUGGCGCGCCCUGCUCAUCCCUGCCCGCUCCCUCGCCCGCCUGGGGUCCGGGCGGCGCGGGGAGCUGUUUGGGGCCGGGUUGGGGUGGGACCGAGCUCGACGUCCGCGGAGCUCUGGAGGGACAGUUCACAUCCUGGCCGGAGGCUGCCGACUGGGGACCCCCAGGCCGAGUGCUGAGCGCGGGCCCGCAGCCGCGGAGGAGCGAGCGCGGGGAGCGGUUUCGCGCCUUUCCAGUUUGAACGCGUAACUCCUUCAGUGCCGGCGCCAAGGCCUCCGCCCCUCUCUGCCCCGCUCCCUGCAGCCGCUUCUUCCUCCGCGGGGUCCCCCCGGAUGGCGGGUGCGAAGUGGAUUUGAUGGGGCUCCAGCUUCGAGACCCCCAGGGUUCGUCGCCCCUCCCCAGCUCGCACCACUUUUGAGUGCCGGGCCCUGAACUUGACCCCUGGGAGCGCGUUGCCCGCCCCCCGCCCCCGACCUAGUGUUAUCAGGGCCCUUAUGAACUGCGGUCCGUGCAGUUCCCCUGAGGUUUCUAAGGUGCACAGAGGAGGCGCCAGGCUGAGAUCUGCCCCUAAACUCCCGCCCGGGGCCAGCGCCCCCGAUGAGACAGGACCCCAGUCCCAGUACCCACUCCAGGUGGUCCCCAAGACCAGCCUCCUCCUUCCCUCCCAGCCAGGGCUUGGGCAUUCCUCAGGUUGGGGAGGCUGUGACUCCACCUGACGCUUUUUGCCUGGGGGACCCUAGUUUGCUGUGUGUGCCGGGUGAUUAGAACAGGGGACCGAACCAAGGAGAUCCAACCAGUCCAUCCUAAAGGAAAUCAGCCCUGAAUAUUCAUCGGAAGGACUGAUGCUGAAGCUGGAGCACCAGUACUUCAGCCAUGUGAUGUGAACAGCUCACUCAUUGAAAAAGACCCUGAUGCUGGGAAAGAUUGAAAGCUGGAGGAGAAGAGGGCGACAGAGGAUGAGAUGGUUGGAUGGCAUCACUGACUCAACGGACAUGAGUUUGAGCAGACCCCUGGGAGAUAGUGAAGGACAGAGAAGCCUAGUGUGCUGCAGUCCAUGGGGUCUCAAAGAAUCGGACAGGACUUAGCGACUCAACAAAACACAGAGCCUGUGAACCAAGGAGGGGCUGCCCAAGCUGGGGCUUCUCAGUCUGUACCCGGGGCUGCUACCCUCUUGCUGCUGCAAUUCACAGCCUCAUGCACCCAUAAAUCCAUGUUAAACUCUAACAUUGGGAAACCCAAGCAACAGUCAUAUCAAACAAUUCCUGCCUCUGCGCUGUGGUUUACUACUUCACCACAGGCCGGCUCUUCUGGGCCUGGCUGGUCCUCUCGGUGCUACUGCCCGGCUUCUUGGUCCAGGGCCUGAGCUAUCUCUGGUUCCGAGAAGAUGGACGUCAAGGUGGCUGCUUGCUGGUGGUCCUGCACCUCCUCCAGCUCGGCGUGUGGAAGCGGAGUGAGUGCCCUGUGCUCCUGGACCACGCUCUCCUGGGCCCUGGUGUGCUAUGCCCGAUCCCUGCGCUCCGUGAAGCCGGACCACCCCUCUGCACCCUGGAUGGCCCUUGGCUGCCAGCAGCUCUGGAGGAUGGGCAUGGUCGGGGCUCGCGUCCUCAGCCUGGUUCUCUUCUUCUGGGCUUACCGUGUCUGGGUGCUGGUUGUCGCAGGUGCCCACUGGCUGGUGAUGACCUUCUGGCUCGUGGCUCAGCAGAGUGACAUCGUGGACAGCACCUGCCGCUGGAGGCUCUUCAACCUGCUCAUGGGUGCCGUGUUCAUCCUCUGCUACCUCAACCUCUGGGACGGCCCCUCCAGAAACAGGAUGGUCACAUUCUACACGGUGAUGCUGCUCGAAAACAUCAUCCUCGUGCUGCUGGCGACGGACUUUCUCCAGGGGGCCUCGUGGACCAGCCUGGGGGCCUUCGCAGGCGUCUUGUCUGGAUUUCUGAUUGGCAGUGUCUCGCUGGUCCUUUACUACAGCCUGCUGCAUCCGAAAUCCACAGACAUCUGGCGGGGCUGUGUACACACAUCCUGUGGCCCCACAGAGGGUGAUAAAGCAGAAGGAGACUCUUCUCCACAAGCCCUGGGCCCAGCUGGGGAGGGACUGGACAGCCUGGGGCCCUGCCCAGAGGAAACCAGUGAGCUCCCAAGCCUGGAGAAACCCCCGAGCCCACAGUGGGCGCCCCCAGAGGCUGGGCUGGAAAGCCAGACAGCGGGGGAGGCCUCUUUGCUCAGCCGCCACCACUGGCUGCUGGUGAAGCUCGCUCUGAAGACUGGGAACGUGUCAAAGAUCAAUGCAGCCUUUGGAGAAGACGGCCUGGCCCGCUUUUGCUCCCCUGAGUGGGGGUUGAGCGAACACCACAGCGAGGGGAGGACGCCCCCACCCCCGCAGCAGGAGCCCCCUUCAUCACCCCAGGAUCCUCUAACCUCAGAGGAAGGCUUUGAGUUUCCAGUGGUCCCCAAAGCAGAGGCUGACGAGACUUCAAGUUACCUGUCUUUUGACAGCCAGAGUCCUGACCGAGCUCCAGCCCAGCUGCCGUCUUCAGCUGCAGGGCGGGAGAGCGGCUCAGAGGAGGGAUCCCUGGCCGCCCCUGGGGCGAGAGGUGUAGGGGGGCGCCCGGGGGGCGAGGGCGGGCAGGGCGGCUCCACGCUGUACUUCAGCGCCACCGCCGAAGAGGCGCUACCCUCCCCCGGGGAGCUGACGCCCCUCUCCGGGAGGGGGCUGGGGUUGGGCAGCUCCGCCCAGCCAGCCACCGAGCGCUUUCCCCUCAGCGUGGCCGACAUCAGCCCCAUCUUAGGCCCCGGAGGACGCUUGCAGCCCAGCAGCCGGACCUGGGGCGGCGCGGGGCUCCGGGGGCAGCGGGAGUCCCCGCGUCGCCCCGUCGCAGCUGGCACCCAGAGGCCGCUAUCCGAGGUGCACCCGAGACCCGCGGACGCACCCUGCCUCACGUCCACCCCGGUGCACGGCCAGCGCCGGGGGCUGCGGCCGCAGGGCGAGGCUGACGGCCGAGGUUUUCUCCGCUGAGCACGGUCAGUAGGUGACCCACAGGCCGGCCCGUCAGGCUGGUCGCUGGGGUAGGGACUUCCGACACCUCCACCCUUGAGUAUGUCACAGCCCCUCCGGACGUCUGUCCGCUCAGCCUGAAAACGGGGGAACCGGAUUAGAUUUGUUUCUAAGGUCCCCGGCAAGCACCACACGCCACACUUCUCAUAGGAGUCCUUCUCUAACACCGUGAGGGAGUUGACGACGAUAAAGCUUCCUUCCAAUCGCCUGCUUCUGGGUCGCCAUUCCCUCCUCUUGGGGAUCUUCCCUGACCCAGGGAUUGAACCUGACUCUCCUGCAUUGCAGGCAGAUUCCUUACCAUCUGAGCCAUCAGGGAAGCCCCUGACAAACUCUAUGAUUCUUCUGUGGCUUCCCCAGUAAACUCAAGGGUAAAACCUAGAGCCCUAUUUUAUUCGUUAAUAACACUUAAGUGGUUAUUAGUCACUCUUCUUUUAAAUGUAUUUUAGCUGCAUUAUUUUAUGAAAUCCAUUGUAAGCCUCAGGACACCUCGGGCCUCUGUCCCGUAGAAGGAGAGUCAGAGAAAAGCCAGAGCUGGACAGAGUUGAAGUGGUGAAAACAGAUUUUAUUCAGGAGCUGUUGCAAUAGGGGAAGAGGCCUCCUUGUAAAACUAGCUCAACUCUGAACUCAGUGUGGACAAGUGGGGUUUACAGCCGAGGAGCAGGUGGGGCUUAGUGGGUGGAAAAUUAUAAAGAGGAAACAUCGGGGUUAGGGGGCUUCUGGCUAAACCAGUGUAGCAGGAUGCUUGCUGAAGGCAGGCCAGUGAGGUCAGACAUCCUGGGUCGGAGGAUCGGGUGAAUGAGGAACCCGAUCGGGUAUGGAAGAUGAUCAGAUACUGAGGGUGGGGGCUUCUGGCUAAGUUGACUUAGCAGGAUUCAUGCUAAAACUGGACAAAGCAGAGAGGAACAUGGAAGAGGACUUGGCUGAAAAGUUCAGGAUAGCCUGAGCAGGGUUUGGUCAAAGAGAAUCUUUGUCAGGAGGACGCGGAGAACAGCAUCAGUGGCUCCACCCGGGGCUUCUGGCCUUUCCCCUCCACAUCAAAAGCUCAGCAAGAACUGGAUGCUCUGUGUGACCUUGAGAAAGCGGUCACUGGAGGGAGCUUUCUACUCGACUCCUCCUCGUCUGGAUCUCCGUGGUCAGGACGCGCGCACCUUGAGCGUGACGUUUGGAGAUGGCACUGCACAUGUCCUCAGGGGAGGACCACCAGGAGCCACCUGAGCUCGAACCAGCAGGUUCAGGACUCAUCACGGUGACGGGGAAUGAGCGCCACAGGGCAUCUCAGGACGAGUCUGAGGAGGGACCGAGGCUGGGGCCGCGGUGCGGGAAUUGGGAAGGACCUUGGGGAGCAGGUGUCCGCUCUGAUUCGGGUGCAGUUCUGUGACCUGGCCCCUGCACCUGCAGAGGCUAGACCAGACUGGGAAAGAAGCCACGCUUGAAAAGCCGGCCAGCCGUUGCCCCUUUGGGUAGAAGGGGUGGAUCUUGCGGGGCGUGCAGUGAUGUUGCUUUUUCUCUGUCGCCGUCUCCAGGUGGCCUCUUCUGAAGCUGAUAACCUGUGAGACCCUGUGAAUGGCAGAACACAUGGCCCAGCUGGGAGCAUCCAAUGAGCUCCCAGAUUCAGGGGCUGCUCUCUGCUCCCUCGGAAUAUCGGUAGUCCCUGCACAGCUGUUUGUUAGGCUAAGUCUCACAUAUUGGAUAUAUUCUGUUGAUGUUCCUGCUUCAGUGAGUGGCCGUCAUCCAGAACCUUGAAAGUACAGGCUGCCCCCGGAUAUUUGCUUGAGGACAUUUAUCUCAUAUCUGCUGUCGCACCUGCUUUUCUUGUUUCUUUAAGCCUACCUCACUCCCUUCUCCCUUGAAGCUGCAUAGGAAGCAAUGCAAGGACUUGCAGAAUCGGCUGCUACCGACUGCCCGCAUGUCCCACACAAAGGAGGGAAAGCGGGCUCUCCAGAAGCUGAGGAAAUCAGGGUUGGUCUCCACGAAUGUUUCUCUGAUGGUUCGCUCCUUGGGACAGGCUGUUUUCUUCAGCUGUUUGCCUGGUGAGGCCUGGCUGACAGACAGCUUACAGCAAGCAGAGAACACCCCUAUGUGGAAUUAAAUUCUAGAUUUUUCUGAAA